AAUGGACACUCUAAAAAAAUAGCAUUAUUGGGAGUACUAUUUAGACUUGGAGCUACUAGAUAAGCCUUCGAAUUAUUUUAUUACUUUUAAAAGGAAAAAAUAAGACAAGCCUCUGAAUUAUUGGAUCAAGUGUCAUAAAUCAGCAAGGACCAAAAAAAAAGAAGCCGUACAAAAUUGCAGAAAUAUCUCAUCCGCCAAUAAGUACUGAUUAUCUAUCUUCUUCUUCUUCAACAUACCUACCACGUUCACCGAUCAGAUCAAAUCUGAGUGAGAAAUGGAGUGUGCGAGGCCGAACCGCAGCGACGUCCAUUUGAGUGGAGAGGAGGCGGCGAAGGUGGAGGCUGCUGUUCGUGAGCGGUUCGACGCGGCGGCGCCGAAGCGGCACACCAAGCCUCAGCGCAGCGACCACUCCGCCGAUUACGCCGAUGCUCUCUCAUUCGACGAUGGAGUUAUUCCCGAGUACGCUCAGUUCCAACAGCUCGAGAAGGAUACUGAGAAAUUGGUUUACUCUGGAAACAAAGUUGCUGAGGAGUUUACAGAAACCGAGUAUUACAAGGACCUUAACUGCAUUGACAAGCAGCAUCACACGACUGGAACAGGGUUCAUAAAAGUGGAGAAAACUAAUGAGAAGGACUACAUCAUAGCAAGUGAAUCCACAGCAGAAUGCCAUGCCUCGAGCAAGGGGAACCCUGCUACUAAUGACUGGAUUCCAUCUCCUUCAGUUAAGGUGGAUUUCACAACUGAGAAGCCCAACAGGAGUGACUGCUGAUUUGGAGUUUGAUCAUUGCAUUUGGUUUGGAUAUGUGGCUUGUUGGAGUUUGAAUCAUCAAGUUGAAAGAAUGUUUUGAUGGAUUUCAGUGUUUGGGGAGAGCAUUUGGAUAGGCGAAACAAAUCUUAGCUUGCAGUGAAGAGUGUUGGUGGUGGUGUCGAUUAGUAUCUAUGCUGCGUUUGAUUCGUGCCCUUUAUGAUUCCAUUUGUGAAGUCGUUAGGAAAUGGGACACUUAGUUGGCGGAGCAAUUUGAGUGAAGAAUCGUAGAUUUUCGUGUAGGCAUGUGUUUAUAUGCAUAUUAUGUGUUGAAUGUUGUAUUGGUAUGCUCGACAUUGUGCUCAUAUCAUUAGUUAUUUCAACUGUUCUUGUUUUGUUGCGUUUGA